CAUGAUAAUAUCUCCGUAUUGAUGAAAAUGUUGCUUCACCGUCACCGAUAACCUCCAUAGAAUGCAUGUGUCCAAAUUCUGGGAUUCUGACCGGCAGAAUAUUGCAAGGCUGAUAUUCGUCGAGAUGCCUUUGACCGGUCAGCCGGAAACGGGCAAGGCGUCGAUUUAGCCAAUUCCAGGCGUAGAAGUGUAGGGGGUAUAUAUCUAAUCCAAUAUGCAGACUAUAUAAUCAUGAGAUCGGACGUCGACCGCAAACUGAAAGCUCCUUGGAAUCAAUUUUGGACGAUUGAGCCCUAUUGGCCGAGGUUUCAUCCGCAUCUUAACAUACCGCUGCACAUUUUCUAUUAUCUUAUUGUCUACUGGUGAUCUCUUCUUUACUGUCUCUAGUCCAUACCAAUUUACCUCUUUCCUCAUAUUUUCGUGGAGCUUCAAAUCAUGGCUGAGAGCCCGAAUCUGCGGGACCUCUCUACGUCAUUCGUGGAGACCCAUGUUGAUUAUCGCGACACAAUCCCACUCAUCAAGAGUGUCUCAAGAAUCCUGUACAACAUCGAUCAUGAGAUUCUAGUUCUUGGGGUCCUCAUCAGGCAGGUCGCCAGAUGGGUUGAGCCUAUUGAAGACCAGGAACCAGACAGUGGUGGUCCCGAUGAGGCUUCGACGAAGGAAAACCGCGACAGGCAAUCGAGCCUUCUUAAAGAUUUUGAAAGGCUGAAGAUCUGUAAGAGGCUUCAAAAGCACGCCGACGCACUCGACAAGGCACUCUCUUCCUAUCUCCACCAACUCUCCCCACUUCGAGAUGACCUUCACCGAAGAAGGCCAGUACGACGCUCUUCAUCCGGCAGAGGAGACUACUGGACCGAUCUCAGUCGAGCCAUGAGUCGAGUGAGUACCGGAGUUUUCACCGACUCUGCGAACCUCGUGGCACAAGAAAUACGCAAGCUUCACUUUGCGAUAACGUGCCUUCUUUCUAUCAUCAGCCUUGCGGAGCAGCAAGACAGACUAGAAGAGAAAUGGAGCCGAAAUGUCAAAAUCACUGACGAUGAUUUGAAAGAGGUUGAAAUCUUGAGGAACGAGGUGGAAUCUACGCGGAAUGUCGGUGUUCGGAUCGGAAAUGAGUGCCUUGCCAUGCAUGAAGACGGAAAGGUAUCAAGGAGCUUGAGACGGCUCUACAAGGAGGAAAACGAUGUGUUGCCAGUUGUUGUCGAACUGGCAGAUGCACGGAUUGACACGAAGAAAAGACACGGCCGAAAGCAUCGUCACCCCCGAAAUGAUCGGCGGGAGCAUGGCGAUCGGCGUCCUACUAUCAAGUUGCCGCCAUACCUGACUGAGAUACUUGCAGAAUCCUGGCUCGAGAACUACCUUGCGAUUGAAUUCGAAUCAACCCGACAACCUUGAAGAAGGGAGACUUAGCUCCGCGUCAAUAUCAGAAGAUCGCAUUCUCUCCCAUUUAUUACUAUGUCCCGACUACCUCUUUACAAUAUGGGAACAUAACCGGUAUGUUUAUGUAGUAUACCUAUUAGGUGUCUGAGAG